AUGAAGAAGACUAUGAUGGUGAAGAUCAAUAGAAGAGCUUCUGCUGUUGUUUCCAUUGCUCACUUUCAGAAAGCACGAGCUCCACCAGGUAUCUCAACUUCUGCUCGAACUUUUCUCCCUCCAAACCCCAACCCUAACCCUAAAUUGAAGUCCCAAUUUCGAUCGCAUUCUGCUGCUUCUGUUACAACAAUUGCUAGUAGUAGCCAUCAGCCUUCUAGGAGUUCCGAUAUCAGCCAUGAAUCUUUCAAGAAGAAAAUUGAUGAUAUUAAUGAGCUGGAAAAUGCUCUGAGCUUGUACAAUGAGAUGGUCCAGAUGAGGCCUCUGCCUAAAGUUAUUCACUUCAAUCAACUGCUGUUUCUGUUUUCAAAGAUAUGUGUGCUUCGGGCAACAUUCUGGUUACCGAAUUUUGGCUUUUCUCUGUUAGGCUCCUGCUUCAAGCGUGGUUUGGUACCCAGUUCAGCACUUUAUGGCACUCUACUCAAGGGCCUCUUUAAACAAAAUAGGAUUUCCCAGGCCCAAGAAUUGUUCAAGAAAAUAAUAGACGAAAAACUUUGCCAAACCGAUGUGGUCAUGUUUGGAAUAGUAAUUGAUGGGCUUUGUAAGGUGGGGAACACUAGCACUGCCAUUAAAUUUCUCAGGGUAAUGGGAAAUGGCCGAGAUGCUAAUGUUCAACCCAACAAUGUUAUCUACACCACUAUUAUCGAUAGCCUUUGCAAAGAUAAAAAGGUCGAUGAUGCUCUUGCCCUUUUACAUGAGAUGAUUGAAAGGGGUGUUGCCCCCGGUAUUGUCACCUACAAUUGUUUGUUUCAUGGCCUCUGUAAUUUGGGAAGAAUUAAAGAUGUCACAAAUCUUGUGAAUCAGAUGGCUGAUUUUUGUAUUGCUCCUGAUGUUUUUACUUAUAAUACUUUGAUUGCUGCAUUCUCUACAGAAGGUACUAUGCAAGAUGUAGAAGAUAUAUUCCAGAUCAUGAUUCAGAAAGGUGAAAAUCCUGAUAUUGUUACGUACAAUGCAAUGAUGGAUGGAUACUGUUUGCAUGGUCAAAUGGAUAAAGCAAGGAAUGUUUUUGAGACCAUGCUUAGUAGGGGCAUUGGUCCUAAUAUUCUGAGCUACAGUAUACUAAUGAAUGGGUAUUUCAAAAAGAAUGAAAACGACGAGGCUAUGCAUCUCUUCAGAGAAAUUCCACAAAGAGGUUUGAGGCCUAAUAUCAGUAUCUAUAAUAUUGUCUUGCAGGGUUUAUUUAGGAUGGGAAGGUAUGGUUCUGCAAGGAAAGUAUUCAUUGAGAUGCAAGCUGCUGAUGUAAAUCCUGAUUUUCAUACGCGCUGUAUAAUGCUGGAUGGCUUAUGCAAGGGUGGAAAUAUGGACGAAGCACUGCAAUUCUUGCAUGACAUGGAAGUUGAUGGAUCUGCACUUCAUGUGUGCAUGUACAACAUCAUUCUUCGAGGAUUGGGCAAAAGUGGGUGCCUUGACUGUGCUUGGGAUCUUUUCAAUAUUCUUCCUCUGAAAGGGAUCGAACCUAAUGUUGCAACAUAUAAUACAAUGAUAACUACUCUUUGUCUAAAAGGUAGACUAGAGGAAGCUAAAGAGAUUUUUGUGAAAAUGGAAGAGAAUGGUUGUUCGGCUGAUGGAAUAACGUUCAAUUUUAUUGCUCAAGGACUUCUUAGGAGAGGUGAUUAUGAAGAUGCACUGAGAUUUCUUGAGGAAAUGGAUACAAGGGGAUUUUCAAUGGUUCCAUAUACUUUGUCAAUUAUAAUAGUUGAAGUCAUAGAGUCCUUGGUGCAGUUCUCUUCUGGGUACUGGCACAGGAGAGUGAUACCAGAUUCUUCCCCAACUGGGCGGUAUAGCCACGAAAUCAAACCCAUCUUCAUUGUCAGGUCCACAGUUGAGAACUUGAUCUGCAACUUCUUUGCAUACUCAAAGGCAUUGUUAUAA